UAGCAUAAUAUAAAAAGCAUAUUAGUUACACUCUGCUUUAGAAAAUGUACUUCUCAAGUCUUCUGCUAAGAGUGUGUUGGGCGUGUUUCUUCUUUCCUAAUCCUGGGAAAGGAGAGGUGAUGAGAGGCAGCAAUUUUGGUAAAUGUAGAGACUUUUUCUUUAAAAGUAAGGAACCUUCAGGUAUCGUGUCUUACCAUUCAGCAAGAAUUUGCCAGCGCUACAACAACCAAUAUAAUUUUGCUACAAUGUAUGACCGAAAGCUGCGCAUUCCUCUGUAUUCUGCUUAUGUGUUUCAGCGCAAUUUUGGUGGUUGCAGAAGAAGCGAAUGGUUUAUAGAGCCCCAGCUUGUAGGUAAAUAUUAUACUAAAAGCAUGGAAGAAGAGAGGUCAUCAAGAAUUAAAAAAAAUGAGCUUCAAGAAAGUCAAGCUGUCGAUAGUGAUUAUACUACAAGUUCUUCAACAUAUGACAGAGGGCAUCUUAACCCAUGUAGUCAUCAUACCAAUCAGGAUAAUAAGACUGCUACAUUCACCCUGACCAACAUUGUGCCACAGUUAAACAGUCUAAACCAGGGUAAAUGGAGAGAGUAUGAAGAAGGACUGACGAAAAAAACGACUUCCUGCACAAAAGUAUAUGUCGUUGUAGGAGUGAUCCCAGGAAAUUCAACAAUUAACAGCAGAGUGAAUGUGCCAAAGGACAUGUGGAGUGCAAUUUGCUGUGUAAAAAACAAAACCACAACAAGUUGGGCAGUGAUCGCUGCAAAUGAUGCAAAUAAGGUUGAUGACAUUAAAGUUACUGCCCUUGAAAAGAAAAUACAAUCUUAUACUAAAAGAGGUGUAAAACUUUUCCCAGCUACAUGUUAAAUGUAUGCUGAGAAAUGUAUUAUUGCUAGUUAUUAAGAAAUGCUUUUAGGUGCAGUCUUCAAAUUUCUUUAACUUCUGAAAGAAAAAAGCUUACACAUUUUUCAAAUUUAUUCUUUAUCACUUAAUGUCACUGAGGAGAAAUGAAAUGGUCUUUUGAGUUGUUUAGUAUGCUUGUAAAGCAAGAAUAAAAUUUUUGGCUUCUUA